AUGGCUGAAGCGUUGAUUGAGCUGUUUUCGGACGAUGACUGCACUCGCUACACAAUUUUCAUCGCGGAAUCUAUAGCCCGGUUACAGGGCCGAUUCCAGGUGCUGACAAAAUGUAACGGACAACAUCUGCGAAAACAGUCGGUGUUCACGGCGACAAAGAAUUGUUUGAAGGCGUUUGAUCAAUGGGCUCUGCGAGUUGUGCAGAAGACCGGGAAAGUGCUGGAUCCAGCACUUCGAGAACACCAUGCGGUGAAACCGAAAAAGGAAAAGGAGAAGCCCACUAAGGCUCAGGAACUCAGUCGAGAGCAAUUGGACGAGUGCUUCAUCAAAUGCUUGCUGCUCAUGCUCCUUUCACUCGAAGAGUACACUUCGCUUUCGAGAGCACUUCUAUUUGAGGUGUCUGGAGGCCUGCAGCUGCCCGUGGACGUGGUAUACAAGGCGGAAAUGUCAACCACGUCUUUGCUGCUCGAGACCUUCAAGCAGUUGGAAGCUGACCAGUCUGUUACGCAGAUGUCCAGAAAGCAACGUAUCCGGCGUCGCGUGCUCAUCGGCGUUUCGGGACUUGCCGGCGGCGCCAUUCUUGGUUUGACAGGAGGUCUGGCUGCACCGCUUGUGGUUACGGGUCUGGGUACAUUGUUUGCUGGUCUUGGACUCAGCACGGCCGUCGGCGCUACGUGUCUUGGCACGCUGGCCACGUCAAUUCCCUUUAUCACGACCCUGUUUGGCGGGUUUGGUGCUAAGAUGGGUGUCGAGCACAUGCGCAACAUUUCUCGCGGUCUCAAUGAUUUCAUGUUUGUGCCAUUGAGUGUCGAGUCACGGCUGCCUGUAACAUUGUGCGUCUCCGGCUGGCUCACUGAGUACAACGACUUUUCUGAGCCCUGGGUGCCGUUGUUCACUGGCCCCAAAAGCUUUGUCCUGGGUGACGCUUAUGCGCUGCGUUUUGAAGUCGGUGCUUUGUUGAAGCUCGGCAAGACGUUUUCGGAGCUCAUGUACUCGACAAGUCUGAACUGGGUCAAAUACGAGGUUCUGCGACGGACGUUCGCCUCUGCACUGAUGACGGCUUUGUGGCCCGUGGCUCUUGUAAAGCUGGGUCGCGUGGUGAAUAAUCCAUGGCGAGUUGCAUUUAAUCUGGCCGAAAAAGCCGGCGUUGCUUUGGCGAACGCGUUGUGUCAGCGUGCACAGGGCCAGCGGCCAGUUACAUUGAUCGGUUACUCAUUGGGCGCCCGAGUAAUUUCUCGUUGCCUGUUGUGUUUGGCUGAACGUGGCGAGCAUGCCCUUGUUGAAAAUGCCAUUCUGCUCGGAGCGCCCGUUCCGACCGACUGGGACGAGUGGUUCAUCAUGAGAUCCGUGAUUGUAGGGCGAUUGGUAAACGUCUACUCGACACAUGAUUACAUACUCCGUCUCGUGUAUAGAACACAAAGCAUCCAAGCCUCCGUUGCCGGCUUGGAGCCGGUGGAGAAAGUACCGCUUGUGGAAAACAUUGAUGUGAGCGACAUGGUUGAGGGUCAUUUGCAGUAUCGCUGGAGUCUCCUUGAGAUCCUCAAAGAUCGUGUACGUCUUCCUGGCAUUACAAGUGAGGAUGUGAAGAAGGCCGGACAGGUCAGUGCACAAAUGGAAGCUCGUGAAAAGGAACAGUAUGCAGAAAAGAAGGAACAUGUCUUCUUCAACGCUGAAGUCAAUCAACCACCUCCACUUCCUCCGCGUUAA